AUGUACGAGUAUUAUUUUUGCAGUAUGCUUUGUUGAGUUCAGCAAGCUGUCUCAGCUUUGAAGGAAGCUGGUGGACUCCGUCUUCUCCUUCGUCCCACCGGUUCCAGCCAACCAGCGGAGAAAAGCCGGAAGCAAUUCCUCUGACGUAACGUCAGAGGGCAGUGGUCACUGCAUGUGGGCCCAGGCGUGUGGGCCCCACGCGUCAGUGACCACUGCACAACGUCAGAGGAUCUCGAUUCGAAAAGCCGGCAGGGCAGGGGUGGGAGACUGGAGAUGGGAACAUGGUAGCCCAAAGCAUAGCAUAGCAAAGCAAAGCAUCCGAUUCGAUUCCAAGGCAACCUCCGCCCAUCCGUGUCUUUCUUGCUUAAUCGAUUGCCCGUCGUCUCUGUAGUCUGUACCUCUCCUCUCCCGGCUUGUUUAUCUUGCCGGCGAAGGAGCUGAGCCUGAGCUAGCUGCCUGCCUGCCUUCCGGCCGGCGACGUGGUUGAUCGAUUGAUUCGCAUCACAACCCCUCCAGCUGCAGUUCAGGCUCCGGCACAGUGAUCGAUUGGUUCACCAUCUCCCAUUCCGCUGCUAGCUGCCAAUCUGCCACACCAGUGGCAGGCAAGCUUGUUCGGCGAUGGCGUGCGCGGCGGCGCACAUGUUCGUCUACAACGUGACCCUCUGCGCGUGCGACCCCGGGUACUACCUCCUCGCUAACAGCGGCGGCGGCAACAGCAGCUGCGUGUCGCUGCCGGGCCGCGGCGGCGGCGGGUUCGGCGACUGGCAGGUGGGCUCGGUGGACGCGUCCCGCAACCAGAGCUUCUACUUCCUGGCCCCCGUCCUCAACCUCGACGCCGUCCGCCGCCUCACCCAGUCCCAGGCCGUCCUCCUCUGGACCGUCCUCGCCGCGCUCCUCUCCUGGCUCGGCUUCUGCGCUGCCGCCAGGUUCGCCGGACGGGACCCCGCCCGCCACAAGAGGCUCUUCCGCGCCCGGUUCUGGGUCAGCCGCCUCGACUGUAUCUUCGACAACAACCACUGGACGGAUGAUCAACAAGUACUGAGGAAAAGAAAAACAGAGCUGGGUGGUACGUUCUCAGUGGCUAGCUUGAUACUCUUCAUCGGAUUAGUCACUGUGCUUCUGUAUCUAGCCAUCAAACAACGCAACGUUUACGUUCACCGAGUUAAACCAGCUAAUGCUCCGGAUUUGCUGUCUUUUGUGAAUGAUCUCGAGUUUCACAUAACCACUAUCUCUAGCAUGACCUGCGCUCAAGCAGUCGCCCCAUCUACAAUAGCGAUGGGGACUCCUGGAUUUAUGGACUUCAGGGUGGUGCCUCUGUCAACAUUCUUGACCUACAGUUGCCAAAACACGAGCCAGGGGCCAUCUAUUUCACUCAAGUGCAAUGGUUGUCGGAUCCCUCCGAGAGACCAUUACGUGUCCUGGAAUUUUGUUGACUUGCCAAGGCAACCAGCUGCCGCUGUCGGCUUCCAGUUUAACCUGACCGCGAAGCAACAUGGAGACGAUAAACACGUGAGCUUUGUGAGUGGUACUAUAAGCUCAGAUAAUUACGCUGAUGACAAACUGAAGACAUUCAGAGGGCGAGAUUCCAAUGUGCUCAAGAUUCAAUUGUUUCCUCAAAUAUACAACAAUCACCAUAACUUGAAGCUCUUGCAGCCACUUGUUCAGGACUUCACUCAAGGGUCUACCUUUUCUGAUGUUAGCAGUUUAAAUGCUUCCCUCCAGAAUCCUACGGAUGGAGUAAUGAAUACUACACUCUACAUAAGUUAUCUUUCAGACUUUAUUGUGGAGAUUGGUAAUGAAAAUGUCUUAGGCCCAGUUAGUGUACUUGCGAGUAUUGGUGGCCUGUAUGCCUUCAGUGUGGCAAUUUUUCUCUGCCUCAUGGGUCAAUGCGAAGGUAGGAUAAAGAAGCUCCGUGAUGAGGAUACCAGAAUGCUGAAAAUUCUGAGCAAACAACGUGCUCAACGGAAUUGGGACAAGGUGAGGAAAUUUGUGAUGUAUACCUGGGGUCCUAGCAACUUGGAUCCAACCGAUAGAAGUGGCAAGUGGCCUGAAGGUUCAAUGAUGGAUUCUCUCCAUGAAUCCUUCCACAAGAGAAGAAAACCAAUUAGACGAGCAACCUUGAGCGCGAGCAAGCCUAAGGGAGUUGCUGCUGACAUGGGGGAAAUUGAUAUCGAAAGAGUUGGGGAGAUGCAGCAGUCAAGCAGUUCUAGAUAGCCCUGAUUGACGCAGGCUUUGGAUGCAACGGUUAAUUGCAAGUUUGCAAUCAUCUUUGUGAUCACAAGUGACAGUUCUGGUACUCCCGGAGCGAUUUGUCCAUAUGAAUGUAGAUAGAGACAAGUGGCCAAAAAAUUGUACAGAGGCAUGUUUUAACAGCGUGCACGGAUGUUGAAAGGCCAGAUGCUGCUGAUCAUCAGGAAGGAAUUUGUGGGGUGGAGGAUGGGAAUUGAAUGGCCGGUUAAGGUUGCAGCUGGCUGCUGCUGAGGUCUGGUCAGGUGUUUGUGUUCCUAUUUGAGUCCAUGAGACAAGAUUGAUAUUCUUUUCUUCAGUGGCUGUAGAAAGUAUUCAUGUAUGCAUGUGAUUGAAGCUCUUCUUCCUUCAGCAAAGGGGGAAGAAACGGAAAGACGAUUGUUAUUAUUUUUAUGCAAUGAGAAAUUCAAUUAAUGUUUU